UGGAGCUAUAAUCACUAAACUUCAAUAAUUCUUUAUACUGCAUGAGUGUUUGAAAACUCAAACACUCAAAUUUUAAGAAAAGCUUAGCUUUUCACUGUUCCAAAACAGUUGAUAUAGAAAAGGGAAAAAAGCAUCCAUAAAAAUAAAUAGUAACAUUAUACAUUAAAUAUAUGAGAAGAGAUCCUGUAAAACAGGAUGCAUAUAAAGAAAGAAAAUGUUUUACAAAACAGCACAGCACCAAACAAAUUCAUCCUCCUGGGUCUUUCUGAAGAGUUCCAUUUACAAAGCAUACUUUUCUCUAUUUUUCUGGGAAUUUACAUCAAUGCCUUGACCGGAAAUCUUUUAAUCAUUCUCCUUACAUUGGUUGAUCAAACCCUCCAUACACCCAUGUAUUUUUUUCUAAGGAAUCUAUCCUUCCUUGAGAUAUGUUUCACAUCAGCUAUUGUCCCCAAGAUGCUUGCCAAUUUCUGCUCAGGGAAUAAAUCCAUCUCCUUUAUGGGUUGUGCUCUGCAGAAUUAUUUUGCAUUGUUUUUGGGUGGAACAGAAUGUUUCCUCUUGGCCUCAAUGGCUUAUGAUCGUUACAUUGCCAUUUGCAAGCCUCUGCAUUACUCUGUCCUGAUGGGGCAAAAAAUUUAUACUAGCUUAGCUGUAGCCUCUUGGUUAAGUGGGUUUUUCAUGUCCUUUGGCCAUACAACUAUGGUCUUCACAAUGCCUUUUUGUAAUUCUAAUGUUAUCAAUCAUUAUUUUUGUGACAUCCCUCCAUUACUGAAAUUGGCUUGUGGGAACACGUUUAGAAUUGAAAUAACUGAUUUCAUAGUUGUAGUGAUUUUUGCAACUUUUCCUUUUCUUCUGAUUUUAAUGUCUUACUCUGGAAUCAUUGCUGCCAUUUCAAAGAUCUCGUCCUCUGAGGGCCGGAAAAAGACUUUCUCUACUUGCUCCUCACAUCUCAUUGUUGUGACCUUAUUCUUUGGUUCUGCUUGUAUUAAGUAUAUGAAACCCAAUUCCUCUUAUUUUCCAAAUACAGACAAAUACCUUUCCCUUUUUCAUACAAUCAUUAGCCCUGCUUUAAAUCCUGUCAUAUACAGUUUGAGGAACAAAGAAGUGAAAGGUGCCUUUAUGAGACUCUGGGAAAGAACAUCUUUGGAUUGAUUUAUUAGCGUGUAUUGUAAAAUCUGAACUGGUUGUGAGUUUCGUACCAUGUGAUUCCAGGAGUUCUAACAUUCUUUUAAUUCCUUCAAUGAAGAGGAAUGAACAGUUCACUUAGAUAUGAAAGAUCUCAAAUUAGAAAUCAUUAUUAUACAAACAAUGCCUAAAGUUUUGGUUAGCCUACUAAUACAGGUCAAUUGUUUAUUAUGGAAAUUUGAAAAAUUACAUAAAGAAAUAUGUAAAUCUACUUAAUCUUAUUCACUGUUUGAAGAAGAAACUACAGCCUACAAAGACUGAAAGAAUGAGGUCUUAUUUUUAUUGUGAUUAGCAAAAUUGCUAUUUCUGACCAACAGCCAAGUAUAGAUGUAAGUAGUUUUAAUACUACUAUCUAGUGAAAAUAGUGAGUGUUACAAAUAAUUUGAGAGGGAAACUACAGCUUGCAUAUUUACACUGAAAAAAAAACAGACAAAUUGGAGGAUACCAUAAUUUUAAUUUUAUUUCUUAAUUUUAUUUUUUAAUUUACUUAGAAUACCUUUCUCCAAAUCAUUUCUGAACCACUCAGCGACGACCUGUGGUGAUGAUAGUAAAUGUAAAAUUAUAGGUUACUUAAAGAUUCUGAAGAAUAUAUGAGCCUUUUACUGUGGGGAAUAUAUUGACAGAAUUUGAAAAACAUAUUAGUGAAAAUAAGAGCAGUGCAGUGGCCUAGAGGUGAAGACUCUCACCUCCCACUCAGAGGUUGAGAGUUCAAUCCUAGGCAGCAACAGUUGUUUCUCUAUCAGGGCACAAAAUAGAAAAUAUCUGUUGCAAACACCAGGUAGGCAUCUGGUGGGCAUCUGACCAGUAAAUGCUCAGCUCCAUUCAGUCAUCCUGAGCCCACCUCAACCCCAUCCUGAAGCAAGGGAUUACAGGAUCAUAAAAAAAAAAGUGAAAAUAAAUUUUAAAAAUCCCACAUCUUCAUGGAUUGGAGACAAAAGUUAGGUACAUUAGAAUAUUUGUUAAAUUAUCCUCUAUAUUUUGUAAAUAGUGAGUUUAUGAUUUAUUCCAUGCUUCUUUUUGAUCUAUUACACUGCCAGUUCUAUAACUAACACCUUACUCAAAACAAAAAUUUUUGCUUUGGCAACA